GUGGCGGUGGAGGAAGAUCAAGAGACGGAGGCGGCCGGGGACAACUGGGAGCGAGACAGAGAAUUCGAGGCUGAACCAGUCGCCCUCCCUUGCCUUUCGUUUCCUCGUCGUUCAAACACCGCUCUCCAAACAAACUCCGUCGCGCUGGUUUGUCUGGUUCCGUUGUUCGAUCGUCGCGUUGUCAUUUAAUCCGUUGAAGAAGACUUCUCCGAAACGCGCGGUACCCGAAGACUACACCUCGAGAUCUCUUCCUGGUCCAAACUUAGCAGCGAAACGGUUGGAUCUCAGGUCCUAGGUUCAAGGUCGAACCCUGAGAGUUCUCCAGAGUGUGACAACAGUGUUUCUAUUCUCUUAACUGUUCUAUUCUCUUGACUUCAAAGGGAUCGAAGUAGAACGGAUGUUUGAACACGUCACUGGCUUUAUUAUUCUUGCUUCUACUGUUACUAACGAGUUUCAUUGUGAAGGUGUGUCUAUCUUCGUGUGACCAUUGGAAGAAAGUUUUGCAUAGGUAUUCAACUAGUGACGAAAACAAUCUUAAACAUCCUCAGAAGUCUGCUUUUCCAUUCAAGCUCGAACGUCAGUGUCCCGCCACGGUCUUGCGCAAUUCCGCCUUCUUUGGAUGCGCCGAAGAUUACUCGAAUACCUGGUCCUUCCGGUGGUGCCCUGUGAGUGACACCUUUAGUGUUCAAUGGGGAACAGUAGCCUUCGAGUAUUUCAGUGGUUGAAACCGGAACAUAUACAUCCGUGAUUAACAGUGCCCAUUUUAAAGGUUUACAAACAUCCCAAAUCUACUAUUCCAAGAACAUUCCUAGACCAUUGAAACAAAGUUUUGCAUAUGUAUUCGACUAGUGACGAAAGCAAUUUUUUCGCAUUUAUACAUCCUUGGAAGUCUUUGUUUCAUUCAAGCUUCUAAUUUCUACCAAAUCAAAGCUUCCAAACCAAAGCUUCCAAAAUCAAAGCUUCCAAAAUUAAAGCUUUCAAAUCUCUCUUGAUCCCAAACGAUCGAGCAAACAUUAGUUCAGGGUCAGAAGGGGUCGAGGUGUCCGCAAGAGUCCAAUAAGAAGGAAGAUAACGUCUACGGAGCAGUUGGUACCGGAAGAGGAAGGGGGCCCGUUGCGAUUGGUCUGGCUGUCGAUGAUUCGAACCCUGCCACUGGAAAACCAUCGCGUUCCUCUCCUCGCGUUCUCCAGUUUCUCCCUUCCUCAACGUGGCCGGUGCUAUUAUUGCAGUGCCGCCUAAAUAUAGGUGAGAGCGUAUGCUGGACGCAAAUCGAAAACAGUACCUAUAAACGCGCGUUCGCAUUUUUAUUUCGACGCGUGCGGUAUUUCGCGACGUGUCAGUUAUUUUGUUCAGCCGACCAGUGCUCACGGGGACGACCGACACCAUGAAGAAGGAAUCGAUCCACUGGAUCCUGACCUCGAUGUGCGUUUUCGGUUUGACGAAUGCGUACCUCCUCCAAGGUGAAGUUAAGGAGCCGCUCAUGAACUACAAAGGGGCGAAAAGAUCUUACUGCCCCGCGAAGGAUUACGAACAGCCCCCCGAUAGGCAAAACACUUCGAUAAGAUUGAGACAAUUAAGAUCAGAAAUGCGUCGCACCACUUCGGUCAAAGGAGAAGUUCUCGACGGAUAUAUUGUCACUUCGGAUGACGCGCAUCAGAGCGAAUCGUUGGAUCCUCGAGACAUGAGAAGAGAAUUUAUCACUGGGUUCUACGGAAGUGCUGGAGAAGCUGUUAUCACACUGGACAAGGCUGUAUUUUGGACUGACGGAAGGUAUCACGUUCAGGCAGAUAAUCAGCUGGAUUGCAAUUGGAUACUCAUGAAACGCGGCAGAGAAGAAGUUCCAUCCAUAACAGAAUGGUUGAGACACGAGUUUCAAAGUCGAGUACGAGUGCGUAUUGGCGCUGAUCCAACACUCGUAUCUGCCGUCGACUGGGAAACGUGGGAAUAUGAAUUAGCAAAUUCGUCCGUAAGAUUGGUUCCUGUCCAUAACAACCUGGUGGACUUGAUCUGGCAGGUCGGUCGACCGAAUUACAAUCCGCACGCGGCUUAUCCGCUCCAGGACAAAUACUCUGGAAAAGCCUGGCAGGAGAAAGUCCAGAUGGUACGAAUGGAAAUGGAGGUCUGGAGGGCAGACGCCCUCGUCCUCACAGCUCUCGACGAGAUCGCGUGGAUCUUCAACAUUCGCGGAUACGAUCUACCAAACACGCCCGUUUUAAGGGCGUACGCUGUGAUCACGCAUAGAUCUAUUCACCUGUACGCGCCGCGACAGAAACUUCUGCGAUCAGUCGACGAGCACCUGAAAAUGGACUUUUGCAGUCACGAGAGCUGCGUAAAAUGGCACAAUUAUACAAGUAUUUGGUACGAUCUGCGAACAAUGUCUCAAGCCUGGAACCUUGUGUGGCUGCCAACGAGGUGCGGUUACAGUCCAGGCGCUUCCAUGGAAAUAUUCAACUCUAUCCCCCAGGAGAAACGCUUGCCAAAACCAUCGCCAGUGCUCAGCUUUCGAGCGCAAAAGAACAACGUCGAGGCGGAGGGAAUGAGAAGGUCUCAUCUUCGUGACGCAGCGGCGAUGUGCGAUUUUCUAGCGUACAUGGAGGAACAAUACGAGCUGAAUUCCGAAGGAUGGGACGAAAUGCAGGUUGCGCGUUUGGCUAACGAAUUUCGUUACGAGCAGGACAACAAUAAAGGCAUCUCCUUUCCAACCAUUGCUGGAUACGGUCCACACGCGGCGAUCCCUCAUUACGAACCUAAUAAUCUCACGAACCUCAAGAUUGGGAAAACGUCUACCUUGGUGGUGGAUUCUGGGGGACAGUAUCUAGACGGGACGACCGAUGUAACGAGAACUCUUCAUUUUGGAACACCAACGGAGAAGCAGAAGAAGGCGUACACGAGGGUGCUAAUCGGUGCGAUACAAUUGUCAUCGUUGGUUUUCCCCAGCGGUCUGAAAUCCAACCAUAUGGAUGUCCUAGCAAGAUCACCUUUGUGGAACGUCGGAUACGAUUACUUGCACGGAACUGGUCACGGGAUCGGUCACUUUUUGUCCGUCCAUGAAUCGCCCAUCAGCGUAUCGUACGCGCAAGAUCCAUCAUCGGACAAAGUGUGUGGUCCUGUGGAACUAAAACCAGGAUACUUCCUGUCCAAUGAGCCAGGAUACUACAAAGAAGGAGACUUCGGCGUUCGCUUGGAGAACAUUCUUGAAGUCAUCGAAGCGGGCAAAUCGAGAAGGACGGAACCGUUUUUGAAAUUCAGGGAUGUCACCUUGGUUCCUUACGAGCCUAAGCUGAUCGACACGAGCAUGUUGAAUCCGUCACACAUACGGUGGUUGAACAAUUACUAUCGGCGUAUCAGGGAGGAAGUAGGUCCAGAAUUGAAAAAAAGAUUGAGAAUGAAUGCUUUCGACUGGAUGAUGAGGAAAACUGUAACCAUUCCGGAACCGAGUCCUGUCGAUGAAGGAUUACUUUUCGACCAUUCUCGCUCGGCGCCUUCCACUUUCGAAAAGUUCCAUCUAUUAGCGUUUAUUACGGUCAUUUAUCAUGUUUUAUCCAAUUCUCUAAAUUCGUGGAGUUAAUUAGGAGGAAGAAAGGUAUUGAAAUUUGUAAAAAUUUAGUGAGUAACAUGAAACGUUAUGUCGUUAUUAACUUAAUUAUACAAAGAAGAAUUUAUUUCGUAAACUGUAUGUAGACUUAUAAAUAUAUAUUAUUUUUUUAUGUUACUGCCAAUACUAGGUACAAAAAAAUAGAAAUGGUAGAGAAAUUAAAAAAUCGUAGGUGUAGUGAAUGUCUACGAACAAAAAAUGGUAUUGUGCAUAGCCAUGUGAAUGUUCAUGUGUAAUGUUUUUUUUUUGUAAAUACACGUAAUUUAUUGUAUAAAAAAGCGUAGAUAUAAGCGAAUAUUGUAUUUUAGCAAUGAAAAGGUAUAGAACUAAAAGUGCAGAGCUUUCGAACGAAGAACUUUAUUUAUAUCGAAAAGUAAAUCGGGUGUUGAAGAAAAACAAACUUUCAGUCAGAUUAAUGAGGAUUAUUUCCUAACUGCCAUAGAAGACGUAACGAUACAUUUUAUUUUUGUCUGAAUGCGACUCUGUAUUUCUUACCUUAUUGUGUUGUUAAUGUUGUACGAGAAAUGGAAUAAAGAAUUAUCAUAAAUAAAUUGUAAGCUAUU